GGGGAAUGGCUACUCUCUGGUCAAUCAGUUUUAGUAAUUAAACCCUCUCGCCUUGCUUUGCUUCUUUUUUUCCAAAAAAAAAUUAAUUUUCUUUCUAAAAUUAAUUAAAUUCCCAAAAAAUGUAUUAUUAUUGCCUCUAUUCCCUCUUUAAGCCCAAAAAAUUUUUCCAAUUAAUUGUCAUAUUUUUGGCAACAAUAUCUCUAUUUGUCCUAAUUUAUUCUCCUUUAAUCUUUACUUUUUGUAAAACUAAAAAUGAAUCUAAAAAUAAUUUUUUUAAUAAUUUAUUAUUUUUAACAACUCUAAAUUUGUCUAAAAUUGUCUUUAUUUGCUUCAUUUUUAUUUUUAUAUUAUUUAUUUUAUUGUUAUUUUUACGUUUUGUAGUUGAUGACAAGUGGAAGAAUGAUUUUCAAAAGGUUGAUGAAUUGCACAAAAAUGAGGUUGAUGAUGUUCGUAAUUUGCUUCAAGCUGAGCAACAAACAAAAUUGGAACAAUUACAACUUGAAUUUGAACAAACUUUAAAAGAAUAUGAGAAUAAAGUGGCUGAAAUGAAGUCUCAAUUUGUUGAACAAGAAGAGAAGCAUUUACUUAAUGAAUCGCAAAGGAAUCGGAGAUUAAUGGAUGAAUUAACCAGCCGCUCUUACGAACUCCAAUUAAAAAAUGAAGAGCUAGCCAAAUUACGCAGUGAGAAUCGCGAGUUACAAUUGAAAGUUGAAACAAUAGCAGAAAAGGAUGUUCAAAUAAUUAAAUUGGAAAAUAAAAAUUCAGAGCUUAGAGAAGGUGUUUAUCGUCUAAAACAAAUUGAAAAAAAUUUGAUUUCACAAAUUGAUGUUUUGAAUCAUCAACUUAGUCAGGCUAUUAACAAAACUAAAGAAAUUGAGAAAGACAAGGAAAUUUUGGAAUAUCGUUUGACUGAUGAUUUCAAAUCGCCUCGUUCUUCAACUACAACAACUCCUUCAAACUUCCACACUCGAACACCUUUAAUUACAACAGCAGAAAGGCCAAAUUCUUCAUGUUUGUCGUUGGGACGUUCUCAGCCUUCUCUUGAAAAUGAUAUGGCAAAAUCGGUCGAUUCAGCUUUGUCUUUAGUUAAAUGCUACCAACAAGAAGGACGAUCAAAAUCGCAAAAUACUCCUACCAAAAUUUAUACUCCACGGGAAUGCUAUGAAUUGCCAGACCCUUCGCCUGUUGAAGAAUGCAACAGUCCUGUUUUAUUCGCGGAUCAACAACCACAGCGCACUAUUGACUUUGGGGAGGUUAAUGAAGACGAAGAAGAUUCCUUGCCUCAAUGA